AUGCAGUAUAGAGGGGUGCGGGGGGUUUUGCUGGAUAGGGGUGAGAGGGGUGAAGGGUGCAGUGCGGGCGGGAAACGGCUGGGACGGUGGCCCUCAUUGAUCGGGACUCGGGAGACGCGCAGCAUCCCCGCAUCCCGCAUCCUCCGCUCAAUGCGCGCCCUGCACGAAAUCCUACUCUGUACGUCGAAAAGCGGUUGCGUCGCCGUCCGUUACGUUUCCGCAAAGCGAGGGCGGGCGCGGGUGUGGGCGCGGGCGAGGGCGCGGGCGCGGGCGCGGGCGGGCGGGGACGCGAGGCGCGCGGGUCGUGAAUGGGCGGCCGCGCGCCGCGUCUGCGCCCCGAGGCCCCGGUCCGCCAGCGCCGCGCCGCCAGUCCGCACACCGGCGGCUCCGCUGCCCCACGGUCGGCCGCACUCCUCUAAACAACAAUGCUCAAACCACAACAUAACUGAACAGACCCAGAGGCGGCGUGGCCGGCGAUGCUCCAGAAUCGGGCGGCACGCGAGGCCGUCGGCGAGCGCGGCGGGCGUGCGGGGCGCGAGAGGGCGGCGCAGAGGGGUCGCCGGCGGGGGAUGGAGCGCCGAGGCGGCGCGGCGGCGCGAGGCGCGGGCUCGCGGCGCUGACAUGGCCGGCCGGCCGCGCCGCUCGCUGCUGGCGGCGCCCGCGGGCCUGCUGCUGCUGCUGGCCCUGCUCGGCCCGAUGGGGGUUCUCGGUGGGUACCAUGAGAAACGGCUGCUGCACCAUCUGUUGGACCACUACAACGUGCUGGAGCGGCCGGUGGUCAACGAGAGCGAUCCGCUCCAACUAUCCUUCGGCCUCACACUCAUGCAGAUCAUUGACGUGGAUGAAAAGAACCAACUUUUAAUCACCAACAUUUGGUUGAAAUUAGAAUGGAAUGACAUGAACUUAAGAUGGAAUACUUCUGAUUUCGGCGGCGUCAAAGAUUUACGUGUUCCGCCACACAGGUUAUGGAAACCGGACGUCCUUAUGUACAAUAGUGCUGACGAAGGUUUCGACAGCACAUAUCCCACUAACGUGGUCGUGCGCAACAAUGGUUCAUGCCUCUACGUGCCUCCUGGUAUUUUCAAGAGUACGUGUAAGAUCGACAUCACUUGGUUCCCCUUUGAUGAUCAGCGCUGCGAGAUGAAAUUCGGUAGCUGGACGUACGAUGGUUAUCAACUGGAUCUUCAAUUACAAGACGAAGCGGGGGGAGAUAUUAGCAGUUUUGUGACGAACGGAGAAUGGGAACUUAUAGGUGUACCAGGUAAAAGGAAUGAGAUCUAUUACAACUGUUGCCCGGAACCUUACAUCGACAUCACCUUCGCUGUGGUGAUACGGCGGAAAACUCUGUACUACUUUUUCAAUUUGAUUGUGCCGUGCGUUUUAAUCGCAUCUAUGGCUUUACUGGGUUUCACUCUACCACCGGAUUCCGGAGAAAAGUUAUCAUUAGGCGUUACAAUCCUACUGUCUCUCACCGUGUUUCUUAACAUGGUAGCAGAGACAAUGCCAGCUACUUCGGACGCAGUCCCACUACUGGGCACAUAUUUCAACUGUAUCAUGUUCAUGGUGGCUUCAUCUGUGGUUUCCACUAUACUGAUUUUGAAUUACCAUCACCGUCACGCCGACACACACGAAAUGAGCGAUUGGAUUCGCUGUGUGUUUCUGUACUGGCUGCCAUGGAUCUUGCGCAUGUCGCGCCCCGGAUCCGCCACGACUCCUCCUCCGGCGAGGGCGCCUCCCCCGCCGGACCUCGAGCUGCGCGAGCGUUCCUCUAAAUCGCUCUUAGCCAACGUGCUCGACAUCGAUGACGACUUCCGGCAUGCCCAUGCGCAGCAGCCACCCUGCUGCCGAUACUACAGGUCCCUCGACGAUCUACACGAACACUACUCGCCGAGCGGAGAAGAAAACGGCGCAGGCUUAGCUGCACACAGCUGUUUCGGUGUCGACUAUGAGCUCUCCCUCAUACUCAAGGAGAUUCGAGUCAUCACAGACCAGAUGCGCAAGGACGACGAGGAUGCGGACAUUUCGCGCGACUGGAAAUUUGCCGCCAUGGUCGUGGACAGACUGUGCCUUAUUAUCUUUACCCUGUUCACAAUCAUCGCCACGCUAGCCGUGCUGCUGUCCGCACCGCACAUCAUGGUGUCGUAG